UGAUUGGCUCUUGACCGGGGAUUUCGGGCGCGCGCACUCUCUGAUUGGUUACUGUUGUGAGCACGGGGGCGAUGCGCAGAGUCAGCGCUGUAGUGCAGCGGUGCGGGAGGAGCGCGCGGCGUGUUUCCGGGAGUGACGGAUCGGCAGUAGGGGAGCGGGCGGUUAAAAAAACACGGCGAUGGAAGCCGAGUUUCGGGAAAUUGAUGAAUCCGGGAACUGGAACGCCAUUUACCAGGAAAUCAGACAAAAGUCAAGUGAACUGCCCUGCAAGAUUGCCAAACUUCCAGAGAACAGAAGCCGCAAUCGCUACAGAGAUGUCAGCCCAUUCGACCACAGUCGAAUUCAUCUUCAGCUCGGCAGCAGUGACUACAUCAAUGCCAGUCUGAUCUCCAUGGAGGAGGCGCAGAGAAGCUACAUUCUCACUCAGGGUCCUUUGCCUAACACAUGUGGGCAUUUCUGGGAGAUGGUGUGGGAACAGAGGAGUCGUGGAGUCGUCAUGCUGAACCGUGUCAUAGAGAAGGGAUCGGUGAAAUGUGCACAGUAUUGGCCACAGAGGGAGGAGCGGGAAGCCAUUUUCGAGGACACAAACUUCAAGCUGACUCUUGUUUCAGAGGACGUGAAAUCAUACUACACAGUCCGGCAGCUGGAGCUGGAGAAUCUUUUAACUCAGGAAACCAGGGAGAUUCUUCAUUUUCACUAUACCACCUGGCCUGACUUCGGUGUGCCCGAGUCUCCUGCCUCUUUCCUCAACUUCCUGUUCAAGGUGCGAGAGUCAGGCUGUCUAAACUCAGAUCAAGGGCCUGUGGUGGUCCACUGCAGCGCCGGCAUCGGUCGCUCCGGAACCUUCUGCCUUGUAGAUACCUGCCUCCGGUUGAUGUCUUUGAGGAAAGACCCGUCCUCAGUCCAGAUCAUGGAUGUUCUCCUGGAGAUGAGGCGGUACAGAAUGGGUCUGAUCCAAACAGCAGACCAGCUCCGAUUCUCCUACCUCGCCGUUAUAGAGGGUGCUAAGUACAUCAUGGGAGACACCUCUAUCCAGGAGUCAUGGAAGGAGUUGUCAAAUGAGGAAGACCCUCCCCCAGAGUUCACACCCCCUCCUAGGCCACGUCCACCAAAGCCCCCCUACAAUGGACCCAUUUCCACCCCCCAGUUUUUCCCUGAGCAUGACCAUAUACAGGCCAACAAUGUCAUCUCCACACACAGUGCCCCUUCAGAGCCGGAGUUUCGCAAACGGACGGUGGUGCCGGUGGCAGCCUCAGCACCAGUGGGGCUUGAGACAGCAACAUUGCCUGCCGAUGAGCCUGAUGCCAACGCUCUAAAGCCAAGCAAACCAGUCACCAUGACAACAGAACCUCCACCCAAACCAUCACGGGCACCACCAGAGAAGAAGCCUUCGGGACAGUGGAGCCCCCUGCUUGCUAGCAUGUGUGUUUGCACCAUGCUCGCUCUGGGAACAUACAUCUGUUACCGCGUCUACUUUCACUGAUUCUCUCUCUCUCUCUCUUUCUCUCUCUCUUUGUCUCUCUCUCUCUGUCUGUCUGUCUUCCUGCCUCUCUAGCUCUCUCUCUCUCUCUCUGUCCCUCCUUCUGUCUGUGGUUAGUGUGAGGGUGGGCGAAUAGGUUCUGCUGGUCAGCCAGCUCUCUCUACCUCCUUUGGGAGAGCAAAAGAAUUAGAAGAGAGAGAGAGAUGGAGAGGGACAGACACUUGCCACCAAGCCCUGUCUUUGUUCGUUUCAGAUGAUUUUCCCCACUUCUUUUCCCUACACAGUUUGGGGAAGGAUGUAGAGAAAAGACUUUCUUAGCCAAACUGCUGUUACCCUAUUACAUGACACAAACACACAACACACACAAGCAAUCUGUCAGUUUGAUAGCUCAGGGCCUCACAUUUCAGGUGUCCCCCAAAUAUGACAUCCAGGUUUUACUAAUCCAAAUAAACCCUUUUAUUAUUGCUGCAAUAAGCAAGGGAAUGUCUGUGUGUCUACUGUGUGUGUGUAUAGAGGAUGUCUGUUUUUGUGUCAGAGUAAUAGGUUGUGUGAAUACAUUUUUGUGUCACAGUUAAAGUCAGCGUUUUGAAAAAUCAGCGCAGUUUGUGUACACCAUAACUGCCACACGUGGACUCCAGUGGCUUUGGCAGUCUGUUUAGCCUUCCCAAAUAUCCAGUGUUUUUUUUUUUUUUUUUCUUUGUUUGUUUGUUUGUUUUUUUUCCCCCCUCCCCUGUCCCCUCCUCUUGCUAAGCUUUAAUGAUGCCCUUUGCAGAGCUACGAAAUUUGUGUCUGCGUAUGUGUGUGUGUGUGUGUGCGUGCGUACAAGUGGAGAAUGGAGAGAGUGGCAUCGAGUCCACUCUGAAAGCAAUCUUGCCAGUCUUGAAAUAAAGGUGUAUGUUCUUCCUGCCCAACUGCAAGGGCUCACAUUUGCACUUAGCCUGUUUUUAAAAACUAAACAUCACAAUUAAAGUAUCUUGAUCAAAAGAUAAGACACCAGCGUGUCCAUUCUACUCAUGUGCAUGGAUUUGCUUUAGCGCUUACAGAAACUUGUGGAAUGUGUUUUUGUUUCUCUCCGUUGGUUUUGCUUCCAUUUUUACAACCAUUUUCCAUCUGUCUUGUAAGCAUUUGAUCAACAUAUUCAGGGACGUUGACCUUGUUUGUAUGCUGUAGUCUGACUCCCUGAAAGCUUUUCUGGCUUAGACCCAUGUAAUGUCUUGGGAAGGGGGGAUAGGAAGGAUGUUCUGAACGUUACUUAAAUGUUAUUUCAAGGUUAUGACUCUCUAACCUUUGCAGGCCGCAUUUACGCACAACAUCACCAGGUCCUCCUAUGAGGACACGUCCUGGCUUGAACCCAUUCCCGGUGCAAUCAUAGCAUGCUGGAGGUAGCAUAAAACAAUCAUCAUCUAGCCACCAGGAGGCAGCAUUGUGUUAGGCGCGUCAGAAAAAGCAUCUUUUUGAGGGGUUCGAUCAUCAUUUCCUUUUCUUCUUGCUCCUUCCCUAGCAAUAUAUAAAUCCAUCUGGAUGUUUGUGUGUCUUUAGAAAUGGCUGUUCUUGGGAUGCAGCUUGUAGUUUGUAAUGGCAGCUGUGACGUUUGGUUUCUUCGCCAAACGCCAACGUGGAUAAACGAUUUUUAUUUUUUUUCUUCUGCUUGAGAACCUGAUUUCUAAUUCCGUGUUUUGUUCUUUGUGACAACUUCUGGAUUUUAUGAAAAGCCAUUUAGGAAUUUGUGUCAUUUGUAUACUCCAGAUAACCUUAAAUGAACGAAUGAAUGAAUAAAAUAAAUAUUAUAAAACAUUCUCGUUCUGCGAGUAACAUGCUUUGGUCAUUCCUGCAGUUUUGGGCUAAGCUGUUUGACUCAAACAGGUCGUUUCUGUUCAUAGGUGGUUAAAAGGGAAUAGUUGUUUCAGAGAGCAUUUUUUUUGUUGUCAUCUUCAUCGUUCAGGACUAUAUAAACAACCUUAUUUUCUCACGUAGGUUCUUAAUAAAUUAGUGGUUAGAUAAUGAUGGAGUUCAGGAUGCUUCAGUUUUUUUCCAUUCUGGAAAAGGAUCCUGUGAUCAGGAGUAGGGAUUAAUGGCUUUGUUGCUAUGUUAGAUUAUGGAGUUAAAUAUAUUUUUCCUUCAGAGUGGAGCGUAACAGACACCAACAUUCAGAUUUAUGCAUAUACCUCUUUAUAUGAUUUCUAUGACAAAAACCUUGUAAUAGACAUUAAUGACUGAAUGGAAAUUUGCAUGGGUUAAAACAGGGGUCUAAUUGGUUUAGACUUUUAAUCUUUUUUCUUUCUAUUUUUUUCUUAGCCUUUUGUAAUACUACUGCCUCUUUCUAAUCAGUCUAAUUAGACUUUUGAUUGUAUUUCACCUCUGCUGGGAAAACAAAAUCAAUUGUGCUCACCCACUGCAACUUUACAUUUGCUUUUGUGGUUCAAGUAUUAAGGUCCAAUUAAUUCUAGUCACCGUUAGACAUGUCCCAGUUUUUGUGGUCUGUCUUGAACCUCUAGAAUGUAAUAACAUCUUUAUGGACAUUCUCUUGUCACUACCUGUUAUCACAAGUUACUUUGUGCCAGGUAUAUCACUUGUGUGUGUGUGUAUGCCAAUGUGUGAUAUAAUUUUGGCCUGGCAAAUUGGCAGAAUCUUUACAAAAAAAAAUUAAUAAUCUUACCCUUCAUAUAGAAGGCCUCACUGUUUUUGUUUUUGUUUCCAUUUCCUUCCCUCCACCAUCUAUUUUUCAUCAUUAUCCUUUUUUUUGUAUAAAAAGAAAAGAAAAGAAAGGACUACUGCUUUGUUGUGGUUGGUUCUGAUUUGCAUUGGAGAUUUGUUUUUUUUAUGUUCAGACUGAUAGACAGAAACUCUGUGGUAAUAAAAUCAUACGUCUUACA